AUGUGUGAGCCGAAUGAUGGUUAUGCUGAUAUUUGUAUUCUAUAUGAGUUUUUAAUUUCAAACUUUUCUGAUCCCAUUAAGGCAAUUGUUGGGGAUACCUACGCUGAUCUCAUUCAUAACUAUCUUGAUUCCAACUAUCUCCAAAGUCGUGCAAUCUUAGCUUCAACAAUUGAAGUAGUAGAUGAUAUCAACCAAUAUAUAACAAACCUUCUUCCAGGAGAAGACAAAGAAUACUUUAGUAGUGAUUCUAUAGAUAAAUGUGAUGCUACUAACUUUGAUGCAUAUGAGUAUGUUUCACCCGAGUUCCUAAAUGCUCUUAAAACUUUUGGAUUGCCUAAUCAUUCAAUCAGGUUGAAAGUUGGUGUCACGAUAAUGUUAAUGCGCAAUCUAGAUCAGUCUGAAGGCUUUGGCAAUGGUACACGACUCACUGUAACCAGACUUGCUUCUCAUGUGAUUGAAGCUAAGAUCAAUUUUGGAAAAAAAAUAUUGACGGUGUUGUUUCCUGAAGAUGUUAGUGCUGAUGAUCUGAACGUGACAGCUAGACAGGUGAAUGAAGCUAUCGGAGACGGUGCAACUGUAUUUAUGUUGUUUACGUUGAUGGAUUUGAAAGAUAAAGUGGUUGACAAAGUCUGCACACUUUAUACCAGUAAGAACUUCUAG